AUGGGCGAAGGGAAUGCGCAGCAGCUGGCGGACCAGCGGAAAAUGCAUAUUGUGUCUUUGAACUUCUUGAACCCCGAGUUCUUCCUCGAAGACUUUGUUGCCAAGGAAUAUUCCUUCUUGAGGCAGUACUGCAGCAACAUUUCCAUCUUCUGCGACGCCCACGACGGAGCCUUGUGGUGGUCGGAGCUGUUUAGCGGCAAGCAGGCGCUGGGGCGAAGUGUCUUUGGGCUUUACGCGAGGCCCAACGAGGGCCAGUCUGGAGAGCAGCAGCAGCAGCAGCAGCAGCAGCAGCAAGACCUGCGGAAGCCGCCGCUGUACGCCAGCAGCACGGCUUGCUUCCAGGGCUACGAGCCGCAGCACAUGCAGGCCGACACCCGCGACUGGCUCGAUGUAGACGUCAUCGACAUGACUUGGCUCGGAAAUAAUGUGCAUGCACUUCGCCACUCUUACUGGUCUCUGAACAGAGAGGUUAUUGAGGACCUCCGGGAUGGGGCUGCACCGCCCUGA